AUGUCCGAUCUUUCCAAUGAUUUAAGCAAGUUAAGCAUCAACAAUGGCGCCCCAGCUGGCUCUGCCCCAGCCCCAGGCGCCUCCCAACCACAACAACAACAACGUGGUUCCUAUGUCCCUCCUCAUCAACGUAACAGACCUGCUGGCGGUAGAGGUGGUUACGGUAACGGCGGUGGCCGUGGUGGCUCUUAUUCUGGUUUCAUGAACCGUAAUGGUGGUGGCCGUGGUGGCUACAACAACCGUAAUGGUGGUCGUGGUGGCCACAACAACCGCAAUGGCGGCUUCCAGGAUGCCAGAUUCUCCGGUAAAUGGGUCGAUGGCAAACAUGUUCCAGGUCCAAACAACGAAAGAGUUGAAUUAGAAUUAUACGGUGAACCAGACGAUCCAAAGUUCCAAUCCACUGGUAUCAACUUCGACAACUAUGAUGAAAUUCCAGUCGAAGCUACUGGUAACGAUGUCCCAGAUGCCGUUGAUUCCUUCAUUGCUCCACCAAUGGACCCAUUGUUGGUUGAAAACGUUAAGUUGGCUAGAUACACCAAACCUACUCCAGUUCAAAAGUACUCUAUCCCAAUCAUUGCCGCUAAGAGAGAUUUGAUGGCUUGUGCCCAAACUGGUUCUGGUAAGACUGGUGGUUUCUUAUUCCCAUGUUUGUCCGAAUCUUUCAAGAACGGACCAGCAGAAAUCCAAACACAACAAGAACAAGGUUAUUCUUACCAACGUAAGGCUUACCCAACUAUUUUGGUCAUGGCCCCUACCAGAGAAUUGGUUUCCCAAAUUUUUGAAGAAGCCAAGAAGUUUGCUUACCGUUCUUGGGUUAAGCCAUGUGUUGUCUAUGGUGGUGCUGAUAUCGGUACCCAAAUGAGAAACAUUGACAGAGGUUGUGAUUUAUUAGUCGCCACUCCUGGUAGAUUGAAUGACUUGAUCGACAGAGGUAAGAUUUCCUUGGAAGCCAUCAAGUACUUGGUUUUGGAUGAAGCCGAUAGAAUGUUGGAUAUGGGUUUCGAACCACAAAUCAGAAACAUUGUUCAAAACUCAGGCAUGCCAGGUGUUGAAUCAAGACAAACUCUUAUGUUCAGUGCCACCUUUCCAAAGGAUAUCCAAAUGUUGGCUAAAGAUUUCUUGAAAGACUACAUUUUCUUGUCUGUCGGUAGAGUUGGUUCCACUUCAGAAAACAUCACCCAAAGAGUCCUCUAUGUUGAAGACAAUGAAAAGAACUCUCUUCUUUUGGAUAUCUUGUCUACCUCUGAAGACGGUUUGACUUUGGUUUUCGUUGAAACCAAGAGAAUGGCUGACCACUUAUCCGAUUUCUUGUACUCCCAAAACUUCCCAGCUGCUGCCAUCCAUGGUGACAGAUCGCAAUACGAAAGAGAAAGAGCUUUGGAAGCUUUCAGAUCUGGUAAGGCUCCAAUCUUGGUUGCCACUGCCGUUGCUGCCAGAGGUUUGGAUAUUCCAAAUGUUACUCACGUUAUCAAUUAUGACUUGCCAAGUGAUAUCGACGAUUACGUCCACAGAAUUGGUAGAACUGGUAGAGCUGGUAACACUGGUGUGGCCACUGCAUUCUUCAACAGAGGUAACAAGAAUGUGGUCAAGGACUUGGUUGAUAUUUUGUCUGAAGCUAAACAAGAAGUUCCAGAAUUCUUGACUACUGUUGUUAGAGAAGUUAGCUCUCGUGGUGGUAGUGGUAGAAACCGUGGUGGCAGAGGUGGCAGCAGAGAUUUCAGAAGAGGUGGAAGUAGUGGCUACGGCAACAGCAACAACGGCAGCUGGGGCUACGGAAACAACUCCUACGGAAACUCUUACGGCAAUAGCUCUUAUGGAAACAGCUCUUACGGAAACAGCUCUUACAGUGGUGGUGCUAGCUAUGGUGGUUACUCUAACACUGGUAAUAGUGGCAGCAACUCUAGAACCGGUGGUGGCUAUAACAACAACAACUCUUCUUCCGGUGGUGACUGGUGGUAG